AUGGCCUCGAGUAAUCAAGAGCGCCAGCGCCAGCAAGAGCAACAACAACAACACCAGCAGGCGCAGCAGCAGCAGCAGCAGCAGCAGCAGGAACCCAUCUCAUGGCCGCAGCCAGAGUGUUGCGGUCACUUUGCCGAUGCCUAUGGAAACUUUUCAGUGCCAUAUAGCUGUAGUAAUGAGGACUGCACCAUGAGGGGUAUCCAGUCAGGAAGCCCAUUCAUCUGUCCAGACUGCAACAACACGAAGCUUGUCUGGGAAUACUGCGGGUGCCCCCCUGCAGUCACAGUUGAAGACCAGAACUACGGACUUGCCAACGAGGAACAAACUGCAGGGGCCACCUCCAACGCGGGCAAGUCAGGCGAAGCGAGCGGCAGAAGACGCAGAGUCGCCCGACGGGGUGGGGAGAGACGCAGCGUCGACAGGCAGUAA